AUUUAACGUAAAUCUAUCAUCUCUGAUCUCUCCAUUCUCUCGACUCUCCCCUCACGGUCUCCACCAUCCUCCUCGCCUCCUAUCUCUGUUGCCGCUCCCACCACUCCCCCAGUGCCCCCAACAGCAGCCACCACCACCACCGCAGCAACCACACACCUCGACGCCUGGCUGAAGCUGAACGGCUCGUGCCCUGUUUCCAAGAACUUGCCGCUGCCAACCCCGGUGUCCACGCCGCUCUCGGAGGUCGUUUCACUCUCGCAGUAUGCCGCGGAUCGGAGGCGGAGGAGGUGAUAAGAUUUGUCCUGUUGGUAGUUACUUGGGCUGACGUAAAUAAUGGUUUGUAGAUUGUCCACCAGGUUGUUGAAUAUAUGUAUAGCUUCAUUUUGUAAAGCGCAGCAAUUGGAAAAAGCUGAGGCAGUUAUCAUUGACGGUAUAAGAUUAGGGGUACUUCCGGAUGUGGUAACUUACAAUACACUGAUUGAUGCGCAUUGUUAUUUUUUCGGCACUGAUGCAGCCCAUUCAAUACUUUAUAGAAUGAGAGAAGCUGGAAUAAGUCCAAAUGUUGUUACAUACAAUUCUUUGCUGGCUGGUGCCGCCAGGACUUGCUUAUUAUCACGAUGUUUGGAUCUGUUUGAAGAAAUGCUUCAAGCAGGUAUACAUCCUGAUGUGUGGAGUUACAACACUUUGAUGCAUUGCUUCUUUAAAUUGGGAAAACCGGAUGAAGCUUAUAGGGUUUUUCGGGAUAUUAUACUUAGCAAUCUUUCUCCUGAUCCAAGUACAUUUAACAUAAUGAUCAACGGACUUUGUAAAAAUGGAUUUACAGAUAAUGCCCUUGGGUUAUUUAGGAAUUUACAACGUCAUGGGCUUGUUCCCGAAUUAGUGACUUAUAAUAUUCUAAUUAAUGGGCUUUGCAAGGCAGGUAGAUUAGGGGCCGCAAGGAGGAUCCUCAAGGAGCUUGGGGAAUCUGGUCAUCAACCAAAUGCCAUAACCUACACUACAGUUAUGAAAUGCUGCUUUAGAUCUAGGCAGUUUGAACAAGGGCUUGAUAUCUUGUCAGAGAUGAAGAGUAGAGGCUAUACAUUUGAUGGCUUUGCAUACUGCACUAGCAUUGGUGCUUUAGUUAAGACGGGAAAGAGAAAAGAGGCAAAUGAUUACAUGGAGCAGAUGGUCAGGAAUGGAAUUGAGCUUGAUUUAGUGUCUUAUAACACCCUAAUUAAUCUAUAUUGUAAAGAAGGUAAUUUGGAAGCUGCUUUUAACUUGUUGGAUGAGAUAGAGAACGGAGGUUUGAAAUGCGACAAGUAUACCCACACAAUUAUAAUUGAUGGAUUGUGCAAGGCUGGGAAUAUUGAAGGCGCUCAACGACAUUUGAAUUAUAUGAAUACCAUGGGCUUUGAUUCAAACUUGGUUGCCUUCAACUGCAUGAUUGAUGGAUUGUGUAAAGCUGGUCAGACUGAUCAUGCAAUGAAAUUGUUUGAAUCUAUGGAGGUUAAGGAUUCGUUUACCUACACCUCCUUGGUGCACAACCUUUGUAGGGAAAGGAGGUUCCGUUGUGCAUCCAAGCUUUUGCUUUCUUGCUUAAAAGGUGGCAUGAAAAUACUCAGGUCAACCCAACAUGCUGUUCUCGAUGGUCUCCGCUGUUCUGGGUUUACAAGUGAAGCAAGGAAGCUUCGAUCAAAAAUUCGAUUGGGUCGUCUAUUGCACUGAUGAUUUUCAUAUAGUUUUUCAACUGCUAUCCUAUUUGGAUCAUGAUCUUAGCAAACACCGUGUAAAUGCCAUUGUUUUAAAUGUUGGUUGUUUUGAACUAAUAAGCCUUUUACUGAGAAAUAGAUUACUAUACUGAAUCUGGGUUAGUGGACAGUGACAAAGUACAUUUUACUGUACCUGCAUUGCAUACCUUACAUUCUCUGUGGCAAUGCAUGUGAGUAGAAGACUGCUAAAAUAACCUUGGCUUCAAGGAAAAGUAGGCACACAUCUAGGAGGCUUAUUAUAAGCUUAGCGGUCAUGACAGUUGCUUAAAGUUGAUGGACUCAGAGGUGAAUAUCUUUUCCUAUUCAAUGAUGGCUCAUAGACUUCCUUAGAGUGAUCUACUGAAUAUGUGCCCUUGAGAUGUUAUUUGAUGUGUCUAUCUUCUUCAGUGUUUUGCAAAACAACCUUCUGUUAUAAUGCAGGAAAUUUUCUUAUUUGUGUUAUUUCUGGCAGGAAGAUCAUUGACAUUGUUUGGACUCAGUGUGGAUGGACCUGAGGCUCUCCAUGUCCUUCGCUGACUGGAGUUGGUGUAUUAGGGGUGAUUUUCAUGUCUUGUUGCGGAAGAGGGAUUGCAUAUUUGAUGCCGAUAGAAUGUGGCGCCAUGAAGAAGAUUAGAUGCAUUUUUUGAGUGACAUCUUUGGAAGUAGCUUUGGAAGCAUUAUGAUGUCUUUGCUAGCACCCAAAGAAGAAUGGCUUAGAUGCAUUGGUAAGAAGGUGAAUGGUGGCCAUUAUCUCUAGAGUGUGUAUUGUUGUUACCUAAAAUGAAUAAAAUGAGCCACCCAAUGCGUCCAUGCCUUAGCCAGCACAGGAUGAGUAUUCUAUGAUACAAAACCAAGUUAUUGUUUUAAGUCAGAAAUAAAGAUUGGAGGAAGAUGAGGGCUUCAUCUGGUUCUGAUAGAAUUUGCUCAGGAGUUUUUUCACAUAAGGCAAGAAAAAGAAGAUAUUUAGUUUCAUUGGAAAUGUGAUUAUGACUUGUGGAUGAAAAUGAAGUUCAGUGAGUUGCAGAUUUUGCUACUUUAACCUUCCAUUUGGACUAAGCAAUUCAUUGUUAGGAAAUGAAUUGACAAUUUAAUUCGUUAAUGAAAUGUAUUGAACUGGUUUUGCUGUUGUAUUAAUUUGUUCGGAGUGGACAUGAAAUAAAAUUGAAUUCUCUU